AUGCCUAUCCUUUCUCAUCGUCGUUAUCAACAAGCUCGAUAUGAGCAACCAAAUAUAUUUUCAUUAAUAUUUAUUAUUAAUGGUUUUAAAGAUUUAUGGUAUGAUCAUGUUACACCUGAAAUAGCUAAAUAUGCUUUUAAAUCUAUACGUGAUCUUUUAUUUAUGGGUAUUGAAUUACUUACAGAAAAUACAAUGAUACAAGUUAUAUCAUUAUUAGAACAUAAUCGAACACCACUUCGUGAUUUAGCUGAAGAAUAUUUAAGUAAUGUUAAUAGAAAAUUUGUUGAUUUUGCUUAUAUUGGUGAAAAUACAUAUCAAGUUGAUACGAAUAGUGUUUUAUUUUUAUGGAUUUUUUAUUGUUUUUUACAUGGACCAAAAGGAUUAAAAGUUUUACAAAAAGGUGUACGAUGUUUAACUAUAGCACGAGCACUUCGUGUUAUUACAUUUUCAAUAACUAUUUUACCUAAUCCAAAUCCAAAAUGUAAUUUUACUGGACCAAUUAAUCCAUUCAAUUUAAGUCCAGGUGGUGCAUGUAAUGAUUUAUUAUAUAGUGGUCAUGUUAUUGUUUAUACAAUAUCAGCAUUAGCUGUAACAAUUCUUUGUUCAUUAUAUCCAUUUGGAUUAUUACGUUUAUUAAUACGUUUAUUUAUAUGGAUUCAAGUUGUACAACGAAUGAUUCGAGCUAUUGUUGAAUUUCAUCAUUAUUCUGUUGAUAUGUUUCUUGGUUUAUGUAUAACAUUAUUGAUAUGGCAUGCCGAUAUACUUUAUUAUGAUUUACCAUGUUUACCACAACCAUUAUAUCCACAUUUAAAAAGACUUAUAUUUUCACAUGAUCCUGAUGGUUCUAUUGAUCAAUAUGUUAAUCAAUGUGCUGUAGUUUUUCGACGUUUUAAACGACAACCAAUGAAAACAUCAAUGAAUCUUGUUCAACGUCCUAGAGCUUCAUUACAAUUAAAGACUCAUUUAAAACAAAUUUAA